AUGCAGAAGCUCCGGCUGGUUAACCCUACGGCCCUGUUCCUCCCGGCGAUCGUCCUCGUCCUCUUCGUCGUCACCACGCGCCUCCCAGGUACUUUCUUCGGCGCCGGCAUCCCCACGAUCCCUUGUUCUGGCUAUCCUCCAGUCAUCAGGAACUCCACUUCUGUUGUUGCCGGCCGGGUGCCCAAGGGAUGCGACAUCUUCCGGGGCGAGUGGGUGCCGGACUACGCCGCGCCCUACUACACGAACCGCAGCUGCGCGCUGAUCGAGGAGCACCAGAACUGCAUGAAGUACGGCCGCCCGGACCUCGGGUUCCUCAAGUGGCGGUGGCGGCCGGAGGGGUGCGAGCUCCCGCGGUUCGACGCGGCGGGGUUCUUGCACGCCGUCAGGAACCGGUCCAUGGUGUUCGUCGGGGAUUCGCUCGCCAGGAACCACAUGCAGUCCCUCAUGUGCCUCCUUUCUAAGGUGGAGUACCCGAAGGACAUCUCCCCGACGAAGAACCAACCAGCGGUGACAAUGUACUACGAGUCGCACGACUUCACCCUCUCCAUCUUUCGCUCGCUGUUCCUCGUCAAGUCGAACCAUUCUUCGAGCGACGGGCCGUGGAACCUGUACCUGGACGAGCCGGACGACGGCUGGCUGCCGUUCGUGUCCGGCUACGACUACAUCGUCAUCUCGGGGGCGACCUGGUUCUCGCACCCGUCCAUGUUCUACGACGCCGGCGGCCGCCUCGUCGGCUGCCAGUCUUGCGGCGUCCCCGGCGUGCCGGAGCUCGGGCAGCGCUACUCCCUGCGCGCCGCGUUCCGCACAGCGCUGCGCGCGAUCGCGAACCUGGAAGGCUUCACCGGGACGGCCAUCGUGCGGACGCUGACGGCGGCGUCGCACUUCGAGGGCGGGGACUGGGACAAGGGCGGCAACUGCCGGCGCACGCGGCCGUACGCGGGCAACGAGACGCGUGUUGCCGGGAAGGAGCUCGACUUCUACACGGCGCAGGUGGAGGAGUUCAACGCGGCCAAGGAGGCGGCCAGGGGGAGAGGGGUGAGGAUGAUGCUCAUGGACGCGACGGCGGCCAUGGUGCUCCGGCCGGACGGGCACCCGAGCCGGUACGGGCACUGGGCGCACGAGAACGUGACGCUGUACAACGACUGCGUGCACUGGUGCCUGCCCGGCCCCGUCGACGUGUGGAACCAGAUGCUGCUCCAGAUGCUACUCGCUGCAUCUUAA